AGUCCACUCCAAGGUGUGUCUCUGCUGUCACUGGUAAGACUAUGAGUUCAGAUCUGAGAUGAUUAGUCCCAGCAAACCAGCUGUAGUUUUACAGUGGGGAAAGGGAUAAUCCCAGCAAGCCUGCACCUUUAGUUCCACUGAAGUUCAGGUUGGUCUGGUCAUGAGGCUGGAGCCAGAGACAUUCAGCCUGCAGCAGUCUGUGUGACCCUUCCGGCUUGAACUUGGCUCCUUGCCAGCUCAAACUCAGCUCGCUGACUUUCUGCUGCCUUGAACUCGGCUCCCUUACCCUGACAUUGGGAACUGCUGGAUACAGCCAGCAGUUACUCUGGGUUCCAAGUUCAGUUGGCCCCUCUCCAAGAUGGCUCCCAGCCAAUCACCCUCUCACCAGCCGCUGCAGUCUACUGUGUCCACUGCUCUGUUCCACUGCUACCUCUCCCCUCAGAGACCUCUGGGACCUCCACCAGCUACGCCAUAUCUGCAAGUUCGAGCUGCCCCUCCCACGCAACUGUCCUCAGCAUGUUGCUAUGCACUGGCUACUUUGACUCUUCGUGUGGAGGAGCAGGUGGAGAUGGAGAAUAAGGAUCCCAUAAUUACCCUGCCAUAACCCCGGGUCAUCGAUGUUGCACCUCUGCUUUAACAGAUGGAGAGGCUGAGGUCCACAGAAGUGAAGGCUCUUGCCCAAGGUCACAUCUGAGUAAGUGACAACCGUGAGAUACUCAGGCAGAUCACCAUGCAAGGCUUUGGCAAGGAAAACCACACUUCAGUUUCUGAGUUUAUCCUCCUUGGUUUAUCCAGUGAGCCACAGGUCAGAAUGGCCCUGUUCAUCUUCUUCCUCCUCCUCUACUUUACAACUCUUGUGGGCAAUGGGCUCAUCAUCACCCUUAUCUACCUUGACUCACACCUCCACACACCCAUGUACUUCUUUCUCAGUGUCCUCUCUUUGGUAGACAUGAGCUACGUCACUACCACUGUGCCCCAGAUGUUGGUAAACAUGUUAUAUCCAAGGAGAACCAUCUACUGGAAUGCUUGUGUAGCCCAGAUGUUCAUCUUCUUGGUCCUGGGCAUUGCUGAGUGCAUUCUUUAUGCCAUUAUGGCCUAUGACAGGUACAUUGCCAUUUGCUUCCCCCUUCACUAUUCCCUACUCAUGAGCCGUAUCACCUGUAUCAAGAUGGUCAUUGUCUGUUGGUCCAUUAGCCUCACUGGGGCUCUGAUCUAUACUGUCUUCACCAUGCACCUGCCCUACUGUGGACCCUACAAAAUCAACCACUUCUUCUGUGAGGUCCCUGCUGUUCUGAAGUUGGCCUGUGCGGACACAUUCCUCAAUGACCGGCUGAACUUCAUGUUGGGUUUCAUCCUGCUUUUGAUCCCGCUCUCCCUCAUCUUAGCAUCCUAUGUUCGCAUAUUUGCCUCCAUCUUAAGAAUUUACUCAUCCCAGGGGAGGCUCAAGUCCUUCUCUACGUGUGCCUCCCACAUCACCAUGGUCAUCAUGUUCUAUGGUCCAGCCAUGGUCAUGUACAUGAGGCCCAGCUCCUGGAAUGACCCAGAGCAGGACAAGAAGCUGGCUCUGUUCUACAAUGUCUUCUCUGCCUUCCUCAACCCCAUCAUCUACAGCCUCAGGAACAAGGAUGUAAAAGGGGCCUUUCUGAGAGUACUUGGAAACAGAGGAUCGGCUCCAUGA